AUGCCGAGUCUGUGGCAGCGGCUACGUUGGAAUUUCGACGGAAGUGCGAGGCGCGAGGGGGAACGAGGAGCGGCGGAUGAAGGAGAUGGAGGAGUCGCCGGAGUGGCAGGCCCAACAGAGGGCGGCCGAGGAGGAGGAGGAGCAGCUGUGGGAAAACCCAGGGUACCCACCCACGCCGAGGUAUGCGCCCGAGCCCUGCAUCCCGCCGCCAGAAGUGGCAGAAGACUGGGCGUCCUCACCUCCGCGGUGGCUGCCCAAAAUCCCGCCCACACCGCGGUACGAGGGGUCACCGCAGUGGACGCCAGCACGACCACCCAUGCCGAGGUUCGAGCAGCCACCACCGCAGCAGCAGCCACCACCCCACCACCGCAGCAGCAGCCCGAACGCGAGCGACGCCAGCAGCACGAGUCCGAUCCGCCGCAGCAACAACACAUCCGGACGGACAUACCGGAGGCACACGAGGAGCGGCCGAAUAAAGUUUAG